AUGGUUGAGCCAAUUGCUAUCAUCGGCUCGGGGUGUCGGUUUCCAGGAGGUUCGGACACUCCCAACAAGUUGUGGGAGCUGAUCAAAGACCCACGUGACCUAUCGAGCAAACCACCGUCCUCGCGUUUCAACAUCGAUCCAUUCUACCACCCAGUGGGCGCCCAUCAUGGAACCACCAAUGCCACCCAGUCCUACUGGCUGGAGGAGACAGAGCGCACCAGCAUUACCAAGUUCGACGCCGGGUUUUUCAAUAUUCAGCCGAGCGAGGUCGACGCGAUGGACCCACAGCAGCGGGUCCUCAUGGAGGUCGUCUACGACAGUCUUUGUGCUGCAGGCCAGCCCAUGGAGAAUCUCAGGGGGUCCAACACUGCUAUCUACGUAGGCAUGAUGUCUGAUGACUGGAACACCAUGGUCACCCGUGACUGGGAGACCCUGCCCCGAUACACAGCCACGGGCUUGGAACGAGGCAUCAUGGCGAACCGUGUCUCAUACUUCUUUGACUGGCACGGCCCUAGCAUGACACUUGACACUGCGUGCUCCAGCAGUUUGGUUGCGUUGGAUCUGGCCGUCCAGAUCGUGCGCAGUGGCAAGUCUAACGUGGCCGUGGCCGCAGGAACAAAUUUGAUUUUGAGCCCUGCGAUGUAUAUUUCGGAAAGUAAUCUCGGCAUGCUUUCCCCCAAUGGCCGCUGCGCUAUGUGGGAUACCGCUGCCGAUGGAUACGCUCGCGGCGAGGGAGUCGCAGCCGUCAUUGUGAAAACUCUCUCACAAGCACUUGCCGACAACGACCCAAUCGAGUGCAUCAUCCGUGACGUUGCCGUUAACCAGGAUGGAAAAACUCCGGGCUUGACAGUUCCCAGUAAUGUGGCACAGACUGCCCUGAUUCGUGACUGCUACUCCCGCGCCGGACUGGAUCCUAUCAACAACCUGCAAGACCGUCCCCAGUUCUUUCACGCCCACGGAACUGGCACUCAGGCUGGCGAUCCUCAGGAAGCGGAGGCUAUCGCCAAUGCCCUCUUCCCUAUCGGAUCACCUGCUGCGCAGAAGGCUGGGAAUUUGUUUGUUGGAUCAAUCAAGACAGUUAUCGGCCAUACAGAGAGUACAGCAGGCCUUGCCAGUGUUAUCAGCACAUCUCUGGCCAUGCAGAAUGGCGUCAUCCCCCCAAACAUGCACUUCAAAAAUUUGAGCGAUCGCGUCGCCCCAUUCUUCGAUCACUUGAAGAUACCAACGUCUCCGACUCCCUGGGCAAUCAGCAAAGGCCAGACGCGAAGGGCAAGCGUGAACAGUUUUGGCUUCGGUGGCACAAACGCACACUGCAUUCUGGAAGAAUACACUGAAAGACGCGAAACAGUCAACUCCUCGACCAGUCAGAUUUUCACUCCCCUUGUCUUUUCGGCCGCCUCGGAACUGGCACUGCGGCAGAUGGUUUCUGAUCAUCUUCAGUACCUCAAAAAGCACCCAGAUACUUCUUUCUUGGACUUUGCUUACACUCUACAACAUCGCCGCUCCACGCUCCCAUACCGGAAAGAUAUCAUUGCUCCAACAUUGGAGAAUGCAAUUGUUGCACUCGAAGCUUUGAAUGGCGCGGACACAGAAUCUGACGAUAUGAAUGCUCGAUUCAAAAGCCUCAGUGGCCCCGCAAAAGUGUUGGGAAUAUUUACUGGCCAGGGCGCACAAUGGCCGCGAAUGGGUGCUCGUCUGAUUGAGUCGUCUCCUUUCGCCGCCUCGCGAAUUGCCGAGUUGGAUGAUGCGCUUCAGAGCAUCACUUCCGCUGAAGAUCGACCGAGUUGGACCAUUUAUGACGAGCUUCUUGCAUCGAAAGAAAAUUCUCGGCUUGCCGAGGCAGCUCUGUCGCAGCCGCUAUGCUCUGCUGUGCAGAUCCUUUUGGUCGACAUUCUUCGAGCAGCUGGUAUAACGUUUACCGCUGUUGUUGGUCACUCGUCGGGUGAAAUUGGAGCUGCUUAUGCUGCCGGCUUUCUUUCCGCUGAAGAUGCGAUCAGGAUAGCAUACUUCCGGGGGGUACAUGCCAAGCUAGCUGCGAGUCCCAGUCCCAAUGCUCCCCGUGGUGCGAUGAUGGCAGUCGCUGAAUCGGCAGACGAGGCCCGGAGGAUUUGUGAUCAUGAUUUCCAGGGACGCCUGCAGCUUGCAGCGAUAAAUUCCAGCUCCAGUGUCACUCUGAGUGGAGAUGAAGAUGCCAUUGACGCGGCCGAAAAGCUUUUCAAGGAAAAGGGGACAUUUGCUCGGAAAUUGAAGGUGGACACUGCCUACCACAGUGCUCACAUGGUCACUUGUGCGGAGCCCUACUACAAAUCUCUCCAGAAAUGCAAAAUUGAGUCCUUGCCGCAAUCAGCAGACACGGCACCACUGUGGUAUUCGAGUGUGUAUAACGGAGAAAUCAUGGAUCAAUCUCGUCUGACGAAUCAAUACUGGGUUGACAAUAUGUGCCAAACUGUUCUUUUUGCCGAUGCAUUGGCGGAAGCAGUCAUGGUCAAUGGAUCUUUCGACAUUGCUAUCGAGGUCGGCCCCCAUCCUGCUCUCAAGGGUCCAGCUACUGCUACCAUCGACGGGGAGACCACCACGCCAUAUACCGGUUUCCUUGCUCGUGGUGAAAACGAUGUUGCCGAAGUCAGCAAGGCACUUGGCUUUAUCUGGAAGCAACUUGGUUCAAACAGUGUAAGGUUCUCUGCGGUGGAAAAACUGCUGUCUGCCAACGCCCAAGAGGCAACUGUCCUGAGUGACCUACCUCCGUAUCCCUUCACUCACCAAACCGACUACUGGACUGACAGUCGCCUCGCAAACCACUUCAAGCACAGAAAUCCGGCGCAUGUGUCGAAUGCAGUCCUCGGGUCUCCGUGUGCGGAGGCUACCACACCAGGAGAGUUCCAAUGGAGAAACAUCUUGCAACAAAGCGAAAUGCCCUGGCUGAGCGGUCACGCGUUGCAGGGCCAGACUGUCUUUCCUGCGACUGGCUAUGCUUCGAUGGCCUUUGAAGCUAUGAAAAGCAUCAGCCUUGAACUGCGACCCGCUUCUGCGAUCUCCCUCAUGAAACUGGUCGAUUUGGAUAUUCCUCGAGCGAUCGCAUUUGACGACGAUGAUAUGACCGUGGAGACGAUUUUCAGCGUGUCUUCUGUCGCUCUCUCGGACAUGAGGCUGACUGCAGACUGGGCAUGCUACUCCGCUGGGAGGGAUGGCACAGUUCAGUUGAACGCCAAGGGAGGCGCUUUGGUGGAUUUGACCCUCGCAAAGCCGGAUACAAUUCCUCUGGUGGGAGCAGACCUUUACAACUUGGUUCCUGUGAACGAAGUCCACUUUUAUGAGAGCUUGGCUCGCGUGGGAUACAAUUACGCCCGCCCUUUCCGUGGCGUUUCGGACAUUCGCCGCAAACCCGGAUACAGCGUUGGUACGCUCUUUGACCAGUCCGACGAUGAUGAUCUUGUUCUUCACCCUGGACUCCUUGAUUCCGCCCUUCAAACCGUUUUUGCGGCCUGGGCCUACCCGGGAGAUACCCAGCUUUGGUCUCUGCACGUCCCGGUAUCAAUUGCGAGUAUCACAAUAAAUCCAUACUUCACGUCGCUGGGCGAUGGUGGCAAACAGGAUACCUUGCACUUCGAGUCUUCCGUUCGCGAACAGUCGGCAGCAGGCGUCACUGGGGAUGUUUAUCUCUAUGCAGACGAUUCGAAAUACGCUUUCAUUCAGUUCCAAGGUGCCAAACUUGUCCCUUUCGCACCCGCCGUGCCGAAGAAUGACAUGCCCAUGUUUUCACGUUUUGAUUACCCAAUUGCCAUUCCCGACGGACAGCUGGCCGGAGCUGGAGAGACAUUGUCCGACUACGAGGUACAAUUAUACAAGGACGUUGACAAAAUCUCGUAUUGGUUCCUCCGCAAUGCGUCACUUUUGAUCCCUGCCAAGGACCGCAGCGGCCUUCUGCCACAUUACCAGAGAUACCUGGGUUGGUGCGACCGUAUCGUCAACAUGGUCAGCAGCGGUAGCCACAAUAAGGUGCCUGCUUCAUGCAACAAUGAUACUCGUUCCGAUAUCGACGAGACUCUAGCUCGUUAUACAGACCGCAAAGAUGUCCGUUUUGUUCAGGUGGUCGGUGAUAAUUUGGUACAGACAAUCCGUGACGGAAACUCAAUGCUGGAGCAUAUGAACCAAGACGGGCUUCUCCGUGCUUUCUACGAAGAAGGCGCAAUUUGCUCUGGUCCGACCGGUCGCUGGCUCGCUCGUGUUCUCGCUCAGAUUUCAAAGAUUCACCCGGGCCUGAAUAUUUUUGAAGUUGGCGCAGGUACUGGAGCCACCACUUCUGCAGUUUUGGAUGCUCUUGAAGGCAGAUACGCGUCGUAUACGUUUACUGAUAUCUCGAGCGGCUUUUUCAUGGCGGCCGAAGAGCGAUUUGGUCAACAAGAUGCUCAUCGCAUGACAUUCAAGACAUUCGACAUGGAGAAGGGGCCUGACACUCAAGGAUUCACCGAGCAGUCUUACGAUGUGGUGGUCGCAGUGAAUGUCUUACACGUUUCCGCCGACAUUGAAGCAUCUCUCACCAAUGUUCGACGCUUACUCAAGCCGGGUGGCUUCCUUGUCACGGCCGAGCUUACCUCCACAGACCUUUUGUUCAGUGGAAUGACUGUGGGCACACUGCCUGGUUGGUGGAUUGGAGCUAAUACCGGUCGCCCUUGGGGCCCACUGUUCACACUGGGACAGUGGGACAGCGUACUCAAAAACACAGGUUUCGCUGGAAUUGACACAGUCAGUCCCGACAUUAGUGCCUCUCUACCGAUGAGCGUUUUCGUGGCGCAAGCGGUAGAUGAUCGGGUGGCACUGUUGCGCAAUCCUCUCUCAGUGAAGGUGCACCCUGCUGGAAUCCGAACUGAUGUACUGGCAAUCAUCGGUGGAACAACCUGGCCGGUAUACAAGCUGAGCCAAGAGAUCUCAGAGUCCAUGGAGCGUCGCUUCCAGUCUAAACGAUUGUUCAGCACAGUGGAGGAAUUUGCUAAGUCCGACUUGGCCAAAAUGACCAACGGCUCCAGAGGAGUCACGAUCUUGUCUCUGACCGAUCUUGACCGGCCAUACUUGGAGGGGUUGACACCCGACAGACUUGAAAGCCUCAAGGCGUGCACGAAUGCUGGUGUCCUGAUUUGGGUGACAUGCGGUUCCCGCGAUGAUCAGCCAUACAGCUCCAUGAUGACAGGAAUUGCUCGAACCAUCCGUACGGAGAGUCCUGGAUUGAAUAUUCUGACGUAUGACCUCGAUCCUGCUGUACAGAAUGGAAUUCAUUCGAGUACAGCAACAGAUCUUUCUGCGACCGUUCUCCGGCAGUUGGCCCUAACCAACUGGGGCACCGAUUCCUUUCUCUGGUCAUUGGAGCCCGAUAUCUAUGUUCGUAAUGGACGUCACCUCGUCUCCCGCAUUGUUCCCGACCACGAAAAGAAUGAGAGAUACAACUCCCAGCGACGAAAUAUUCUCACCACUGCCAGCCCAUCAAAUGAAUUCGUCGAGUUGGUUGGCGUUGGAAACGGCGACGAGCGAUCUCUCGAGCUCCGUCAUGUCUCCCCCUUGGCCGUGGCCAACUCACCAGCGCCAGCGUCGCGUACUAUUCGGGUCACUCACACCCUUUUGCAAAGUGUCGCUGUCGGGGCUGGAGGCCUCGUUCGCGUGUGCACUGGUGUUGAUUUGGUAACUCAGGAACACGUUCUAGCCCUGACCGAUUCGAGCCAGUCCCCAACGCAAGUCUUGAACGACUUAUGCAUCCCUGUCUCCACACCUCUGAUCCCUUCCAAAAUCGCGGCUGUUGGUGCUCAGCUUGUCGCUGAUCGUCUCUUGUCUUUCGCCUCGCGAGGAAGCACUCUGAUAAUCAACGAGCCUGAUUUGAUCGUGCAGGCGGCAGUCCAAGCAAAAGCCUCCGCCAAAAGUGUUCAGGUGGUUUUCGUCACGUCCAAUGCUACCAGGAGGCAAAACAACCAAUAUUUAUACCUGGAUCCCAGCUCGCCAGUCCAUGUUGUUCAAUCAAUGGUACAGAAUUGCUCUGUGUUUGUGCAUUUCUCGCGUGGCGUGGUUUCCGAUGCUGUACGUGAUUCGAUUGUCCAAAAUAUAUCUCCAGCUUGUGUCGAAAUCACCGAGGAGAUGUUGGUGAGCCACAGGGUCGAUGCACUGGCACUCCCGGAUGACUUGCCAGACUUGCUUCAAGCAUCAUUCUGGGAUGCUUCUCUUGAUCAUCUGUCGGUGAAAUUGAUUAGCCUGGCUGAUGUCACCGCGCACAAGGCAAUUGGUGAGCCGUUAGCAGUGGUAAACUGGACGGACUCUCAGUUUGUGCAGGCCAUGGUGCAGUCAAUUGACUCCCGCUCGACGUUCAGAAGCGAUCGCUCCUAUCUCUUCGUGGGAAUGACUGGUGAACUGGGUCAAUCGCUCGCGGGGUGGAUGAUAGCGCACGGAGCCCGCUUCGUCGUUCUCACAAGCCGCAGACCUACGGUCAACCCACGUUUUGUCGAGGAUAUGUAUGCUCGAUACGGAGCUGUCGUCAAAUCGGUUCCACUGGAUAUCACCUCUCCGGAAUCGCUUCAGUCAGUCCUUGCUUCAAUGGCCGCGGCACUACCACCCAUCGCUGGUGUCAUCAAUGGUGCCAUGGUUUUGGACGAUGAACUCUUCACGAACAUGACACACGAGCAGUUUUCGCGGGUGACGAAGCCCAAGGUUCUUGGGACGCAACUCCUCGACGAGGCUUUCCACAGCACUGAUCUCGAAUUUUUCAUCGUCGCCUCAAGUAUCUCGUCGAUCAUCGGAUGGAGUGGACAGAGCAACUACUCGGCUGCCAACGAGUUUAUGACGUCCCUUAUGAACAAACGACGCAAGCGCGGUGUGGCUGGAUCGACAAUGAACAUUCCUGCGGUUCUCGGCAUUGGAUAUGCUGCACACUCCGAGAGCUUCGAUUUCGAUUACUUCCAAUCGCUCGGAUAUAUAAACAUCAGCGAACGUGAUCUGCAAAUUCUUUUUGCGGAGACGAUUCUCACUGGACGCCCGGGCCGGACAGAGGAUUCACCUUCCCAAGUUGUCAUGGGCAUCAACUACGUUCCCAAUGAUUUGCAAGUGACCGAUGCUCAUCGACGGGACGUGAAAUUCAGUCACUUCAUUCUCAAAAAAGAUACCGACUCCGAAGUGCAAGCACACGAAGCAGCUGUUCGCGUACGCGUUCAGUUGCAGUCAGCUAAGGGCGCCGAAGAGGCCUACUCAGUCACUCGCGACGCAUUCAUUGGUUAUCUUAAACGCAUCCUUCGCAGAGCAGUGGAUGAAACCAUUGAUGAUUCGAUGACACUAGUCGAGCAGGGUGUUGAUUCUCUUGUGGCCGUUGACAUUAGAUCUUGGUUCCUAAAAGAGCUGGAGGCCGAUGUCCCGACCCUCAAGGUCAUGAGCGGCGGAUCUAUCUCCGAACUAGUGAAAACAGGCCUUGCAAAGAUGCCAAGUCUGGGGGAGAGCGUCCCCUCAGAACCGGCGGUGCCUGCCGAGAGUCAAGCGCCGCGUCUACCUGUAACAAAGCCCCAAGAGGAACGUUCGCGACCUACUUCCGAAAACCAGACGCGGUCUUCGUCUCCUCAAACAGGAAGUCCCCUCUUCACGCCAGCGCAAGAUUCAUUAUCCACCCUUUCUGAUGAUGGUGCUGCGCGGACCCCAUCUCCCGCGGGGGACUAUUUUGUCAAAUCCGCUGUCAACUCCAAAGUCUCUGAGUGGAAGGGCCCAACGGAGGAUGUAGAGAUUGUGGAUGUUUAG